UCGCAUGGGUGGAAUAUGGCUUCAAAAAAUAUAAAAUCCACAAUGAAAAUGUCUUUAUUCCACACAGCAAAAUGCUAUGGUGAUGGAACAACAGGAUAUCUGGGUGGCAUGGCAGGCAAUGGCUACGCAGGUUAUGGGAAUGGUUACAACGAUGGUCACGGGGCUGCCCUCAGUGCAGGAGGCUACGCUGGACAAGGCCAGGGGGCGUAUGGAGCACUUGGUGCAGGACUCGACGCAACUGGUGGCAAAUAUGGAGGAGCUCAGGUUCCUUAUGGUAAUGCUCCCAUGAUUCCUACCGGGCUGGAGGGUGAUGGUGGCUACCCGUAUCCUGCUCAGCAGCUCAACCUCGGUGCUGAAGGUGCCAAAACACCCAACAAAUAUGGAGCUGUAGCAGGAUAUGGAGCUCAGCAAACAGGUUACGGUGCACAGCUAGGAGCAACUCAAGAUGCCUUGGGAGAGCAAGCUGGCAAAUAUGGCAACAUGAAUGGAGCCCAUGGAAACGGAUACAAAGGCUAAUUCAAAUGACCUGGACUUCUUCAAGUGGAUCAUUUCCUUAAUGUGUUCAGUGUAAUGUGUUUUUAAAGCUUUUUGUGUGUUUGAGUCCUGUUGUGUUGUCUGUUUUGUCUUUUGCUCUAUAUUUUU